AUGGCUCAUUUUUACUUGUUCAAAAACGAUUCUGGUUUAUCAAGUGGUGAUAUGCUUGCUCCACCGUCCAAUUUAUCGGCGUAUCUCAGUAUACUAUUCGCGUCCAAGCGACAACAGUGUUCGUGGUUUCGUCUGAUUAGACGUAUGGAAGUUAUAGAUACGGAAUCUUCAGAAGAAAAUGGGGACAACGCUGUUGCAGGAACAUCAUCAAUGGCCGCCAAUACAGCGUCACCAUUAACUACCCAAAUGGUGACCCAACUGUUCAAGAGAAGAUCACUCGUGGAACAAUUGGUAUUGCCCGCCGCAGGAUGCGAGUCAAACCCCAGUUCCACGUCGACGUCGCCGACGGCAGUUUCGCCCACCUCGUCCAUUGAUAAAACUGACAAUCGUGAUUCAUUAAACUUCUAUCCGGAUGCAGCGGAUAUGCACCGCGAAGAAGAGCGACUCAAAACGUUCGAUAAGUGGCCCGUCACCUUCCUGUCGCCCGAACUCCUCGCAAGAAAUGGAUUCUACUACCUCGGCCGCGGCGACGAAGUACGCUGCGCGUUUUGCAAGGUAGAAAUAAUGAGAUGGGUUGAGGGCGACGAUCCCGCGAAAGACCACCGGCGGUGGGCACCCCAAUGUCCUUUCCUUCGACGCCAAGUCGGAGCCGGUAAUGUUCCUCUAGAUGGGCCGGUGAACGACGGCCGCGACGAGUGCGGCACGAGAGCGCCGGUCACGGCUACGCCCGUGCGGAUGCCGGGCCCGGUGCACCCGCGGUACGCCUCCGAAGCGGCUCGUCUUCGCACUUUUGUCGAUUGGCCGAGAAGUAUGCGUCAAAAGCCAGAGGCGCUUGCGGAGGCGGGUUUCUUCUACACCGGCCAGGGGGACAAGACUAAGUGCUUCUAUUGCGACGGCGGCUUGAAAGACUGGGAAAAUGAUGACGAACCCUGGGAACAACACGCUCGCUGGUUCGACAGAUGCGCUUACGUCCAGCUGGUCAAGGGCCGCGAGUACGUCCAGAAAGUGCUAGCGGACGCCACAGCCGCGGCGGAGCCCAAAGAGGAAGCGGUGAACGUUGAGACGAACAGCAACGGCACGGAAAAGGAGGAGAACCCCGUAGAAGACACAAUGCUAUGUAAAAUUUGUUACGCGGAAGAGCGGAACGUGUGUUUCGUGCCCUGCGGCCACGUGGUGGCCUGUGCCAAAUGCGCUCUGUCCACUGACAAGUGCCCAAUGUGCCGAAGGACGUUCACUGACGCAGUGCGCCUUUACUUUUCGUGA